AUGGUUGACGAGUCGAGCAGCGUGGAGCUACUCCCGAUCCACAAUAGGAAGUCCCACUCGACUUCACGCCACAGCUCGAGGAACCCAACACCGGGAAACACACCGUCGAUACCCGCAUUAGUACCAGACAUUGAUAUCGUCAGCUCCAUUGAUGACCUGUCCACUGGCGGUGAAAAGCAGCAGAGCUCAACGUUGCCCGUAUUGGACAGACCGCAGUUUGCCCUUCUAGUGCUGCUGUAUCUGCUACAAGGCAUUCCUGUGGGGCUGGGGUUCGGAUCUAUCCCAUUCUUGUUGAAGUCCAAGCUGACGUAUUCACAAGUUGCGCUGUUCUCUUUGGCCUCGUACCCGUACUCCUUGAAAUUGCUGUGGUCUCCUGUUGUGGAUGCCCUCUACCAUCCACGUGUGGGCAGACGAAAGUCGUGGAUCAUUCCAAUUCAGUUGAUAUCCGGCUCAACACUGAUAUUUCUGGGGUCGAGCAUGGAUCAGCUCUUGGAAUCGCCAGAGGAAAACUUGACUGAAAUCACCUGGACUUUCUUCUUCCUGGUGUUUCUCUGUGCGACACAGGACAUAGCCGUUGAUGGCUGGGCCCUGACGAUCUUGUCACCAGAGGCGUUGAGUUAUGCAUCGACGGCACAAACCAUUGGACUGAACACUGGUUAUUUCCUCUCAUUUACGGUGUUUUUGGCCUUGAACUCGCCUGAAUUCUCCAACAAGUACCUCAGAACAGAACCCCUGGACUAUGGUGCACUGUCCUUGAACCAAGACGAUACAAUGACCGCAGCCAACACAAGCCCUUGGAAUUCCCUAAAGAGUGUUUACAAGUCGAUGUUUCAAGUGUUGAAGUUACCAACAAUCCAAUCGUUCAUUGUUGUCCAUCUUGUCUGUAAGAUUGCUUUCCAAGCAAACGAAGGCGCAACAAAUUUGAAACUGCUGGAGAAGGGUUUUGGCAGAGAGGAUCUGGCAAUAACUGUGCUUAUUGACUUCCCCUUUGAAAUCGUCUUUGGUUAUUACGUGGCGAAAUGGUCAAGUGGUAAAGACCCAUUGGGACCGUGGUUAUACGCGUAUUUGGGCAGGGUAUUGGCUGCAGCCAUCGCACAAGGUGUUGUUUGGUUGUUCCCAAGUUCGGGUAAGAUCAAUGCUUUUUACUUCUUGCUGGUGAUCUUACAGAACCUCUUUGGCUCAUUCAUGUCGACGAUUCAAUUCGUGUCGGUUAAUGCUUUCCACACGAAGAUUGCAGAUCCGAUGAUUGGAGGUACUUAUAUGACCACUUUAAACACAAUUUCAAACCUAGGUGGACAAUGGCCAAGGUUCAUCGUUUUGAACAUGAUUGACUGGUUCACAAGGGCAUACUGUGCCCCUUCGUCAUCGUCAUCAAACCUCGCACAGUUUGAAGUUACCAACGAACAAGAGAAGGAAUCGUGUAAAGAACAAGGGGGUCUCUACACGAUCGUCCAAGAUGGAUACUACAUCAGUAAUAUACUCUGCAUGGUGAUUGGUCUGGUGCUGUUUUUCGGUUGGAUUAGACAAAAGGUUAGAUAUCUACAGAGCUUACCAACUUCAUCCUGGAGAGUGAAAGAGUUAUAA